GGGAAAAGCUUAAAAGCGUGGCGCUAGUGACGAUAGGGGACUAUACUUUACCCAACUAAAUUCAGAACUCUCGUGUCAAAGAGAACGACGAUAUCGUCUGCCACAUGGGAAUGAUGAAGGAAGAGGAGUAAAAAGCACGUGCUCCCCUCAUAUUCGCUUUCUUUUUUUAAGUCUCGGACUUUGUAGGGAGGGUGCUCGCUAUCCGAAAUUAUUGUUUUUUUUUAACGCCUCACUAUUAUCCGGUCCCAUGGUUCUCAAACUAGAUUCUAUGGAUCAAGAAUUCGAACUGAACUCCUUGGAUGAGAACGGAAAUUUGAAAAGGAGCCUAGAUAGCCUGCAUUUAAAUGAAAACUUCAAUUGUUGCGGGGAGCCGAAAGUGACGCUAGAGCAACAUUUACAGCACCAUGCAAACGCUGGCAUACUUCAAUAUCCUGGCGUUGAGGUGAUAUGUCCCACCGACGGCUCUUUGCCAGGAGGGGUGGGGCGGAGGGCGGUUGUACUCGCUGGUAGCGCUCAAGGAUUCUCUCCAGAUUAUCACCAUCCCAACUUUCCGCCUUCGCCUCCGCCGUCUGUUUCUGCCGCCAUCCCAUCCGACAGUCCUGCCGCCAUGCACCCGGACGGCCGAACCACCAACCUGUUGGACGAGACCAUGAUGUGGUCAUUGGUCUCACAACCUCUGGACCUCCGAAAUUCGGACAUGAGCGAAAUGGAAAACUGGAUCAUCCGGAGAAACUGUACCGAAAUGAUGGGACAGGCUCUGGACGAGCAACAGAACGCUCUGCAGCAGCAGCAGCAACAACAACACAUCCAAAAGCAACAAGUGGCCUGCAUGACUGGAUACGGGGUCAAUCUCGAAUCCGUUCCGGCCUCUUCGUCGUCCGGUAGUUUUUCGGACGACUGUGACUCGCUGACAGACAUGCCGUCCCCGUCGUCCUACCAUCAGGACGUGACGUCGUCCAGUGGUAAGAAGAUGGACAUCACGAUGGAGCGGAACUUGGGAAUCACCGAUGACCAGCUGAUCCAGUUGUCCGUUAGAGACCUUAACCGGAAACUCCACGGUUUGUCUCGUGAUUAUAUAUCCGGGGUGAAACAGAGGAGGCGAACUCUCAAAAACAGAGGUUACGCUCAAAAUUGUCGCACAAAAAGAAUCGAGCAGAAGAGGAGACUGGAGACCAACAACAAAUCCCUCCAGAUGGAGAGAGACAAGCUCUUCAGAGAGAGGGAAUUAGAGAGGCAGGAAAAAGAGAGAGCAUACCAAGAGAGAGACAGGGCUGUGCAAGAGAGAGACUAUUACAAAGAACAGUUAAAACAACUCAUGCGAUCCAGGGAAUUCUCACAACAAAACAAUACAAGUCCGACGUCGCCAGACUAUUAUAUGUGACACCCAUACCACGAAAAAUGACUGUAAAUAGAAGGUUUCUCAUCUUGCAUUCAUCAUUGAUGGAAGGAUUGCUUGCUUUGAAACAAUUCACUCAUCAUAUUUUCAUUUUUAAGAAGGAUUUGGGGCAGUUCAAUUUACACAACUCAAUUAUGUAUUUUUUUCUUCUCUCUUCCUCUCUUUCAUAUGUUGUUUCCCCCAAUACAAGAGAAGAAUUAUUGUGUGCCAAAUUUGUUUUUUAAAAAAACGAACCUCAGAGAGCCUGAAGUGAUUUAACAUAAAUGAGGGUUGUAAAAAAGACUAUCCAACUUCUCGAACCAGAUCUGAGAAAAUUUCUUUUUUUUUUUCUAUAUAUUUUCACGCAUCUUUUGUUUAAAUGUGGAAUGACUUCAUCUGACAAGAGCGGCUUUAAUUUUUUCAGGAUCCGUCGAACUUUUUUAAAAACAAGAAUGGCAAAUUUCAUCCUAAGUGGAAAAUACCAUGGGAUAAACUUCCCGGAAGAAAUAGAUUUCUUCCAUCUCAAGUGGAAGAAACUAAAUUUUUUAAAUGUUUAUAAUUGCAUAGCAUCAACUUUUAUGCUAUUUAAUGUGUAUCAUUUUUAAAUGAGUGAAAACUAAAAAUAGAAAACUGAAUGCAAAUGAGUAGAGUAAAACGUAAUUUUUUUUAAUUCUAUGAAGAACUGUUAAAAUAGCUUAAUUAAGUUCUAUUAAUCUUAAUAGUUCUAUUAAUUAACCUUAUUAACAAAUUACAAAACAUACUAAAUAAAUAUACAACUAAAAAGCCGAUACUGAAUUCAUACUUACUACUAGCAUCCUAAUUUUUUAAUAAAAAUACUGUAAAAUAUGAAGACUUAACCCUACUUUUAAAUAACAUGGUAUUUGAAACUUAAAAA